AUAUCUCGUAUAAAUGUUUAAGUGAUUCACGUUACUUGGUUGCUUUCAAAUUAAUAAAAAGUGUGGUUGUUUAGUAUCUUUGUAUGUCUGUUGCAUGUUGUGUGACAGAAGAUAAGAAAAGAAUGAUAAUUAUUAAUGACUAAUUAUUCCGUAAUACGUACCCUAACAUGAGAGUUGUAGCCUAUAUGCAGUAAAUUUUCUUCCUGUCGGUUUUACUGCCUGAAAGACGCACGGGGCAUAACCCUAAAGAAAUGUAAUUUGAAGAAGCGAAGAUGGGAACAGAAAGUCAGAUUAAUAACAUUGUAAGCGAAAUAUUGAAAGUGGAAGGAAUUGAGGAAGCUUUCAGCUGCUUCUUGGUGCAUCGCCCAGAACAGGAAACAGAGAAGGUGCAGAACUUCCAGCAAGAGCUACAGUCAGUGCUGAGUGGUCUGAAUGCAGAACAACAGGAAACUGGUGUCAGGGCUUACUUGUUGAAGGCUGCAGAAAUGACUAAUCACAGUCGCUUGCAGCUGCUCUUAUCUCUGCUGGAAAACUUGGUAGCUAGCAGUAUUCUGCCAGCAAGAAUGGUAUGUGAAUGCAUAUUGUCAUGUGAAAAAUUGCAAUAUCAGCAAGAAGAUUUCUGGGUUGAAUGCUUCCGUCUCAUCAGAAAAAUUAUUGGUGGUGUUGAUUACAAAGGAGUUCGUGAAAUAAUGAAGGGUUGUAGAGAAAAAGCACAAACCAUUCCAGCCAGGUUGAAUGCUUCAGUACUUCCACAGCUGAAAGCCUUGGAAAAUGUUAUAGAAUAUAUUUUUGACAGGAAUGCUUGUCUGUUACCUGGCUAUUUUAUAGUCACUGAAAUUCAGAAAGCAUAUCCUGAUAAUAAGAACUGGCCACAUUGGAAAUUGGCUCAUCUAUUGUCCAGUUUUGUGGAAAGCUUUCGGGCAACAGCACAAAUGGUGUCAAUCAUUGGCCACUCUCACAUGUUGCCCGUGGUGGAACACUCAGGGUAUGCUGACCAUCUUAUCAAUCCCUGGAAGUUAGACCCCUCGACUCUCAAAUUUUCUCUCAAAGGAAACCUGCCAUAUGAUCGUGAGCUGCUGGAACCUCAGACCAGACUCCUGAGAUAUGUGCUCGAGCAGCCAUAUUCAAGGGACAUGGUAUGCUCUAUGUUGGGGUUACAGAAACAGCACAAGCAGCGUUGUGUGGCACUGGAGGAGCAACUGGUAGAGUUGGUAAUUCUGGCCAUGGAACGUUCGGAGACAGAGGCAGACACAGAUGACAUUUCAAACAGCCACUGGCUCUGGUUACAUCUCUCCAGCCAGCUCAUCUACCUUGUGCUCUUCCAAUUUGCAACCUUCCCAAACAUUGUAAUGGCUCUCCAUGAUAAGCUAGCUGGUCGUGAUUUAAGAAGAGGCAGGGAUCACUUGAUGUGGGUGCUACUGCAGUUCAUUUCUGGCAGCAUUCAGAGGAAUCCACUGAACAAUUUCUUACCAGUCCUAAAGCUCUAUGACCUUCUAUACCCAGAGAAGGAACCACUGGCAGUACCAGAUUUUAAUAAAGCACUGUGUACGCACCAAAUGGCGAUGACCUGCAUCUGGAUCCAUUUACUGAAGAAGGCUCAGUCAGAACACCUUAACAUUCAUCGUCCCAUACCACAUACUUUAAAAGUGCAUCAUGAGUUUCUUCAGCAUCUUGUUAUGCCAAAUAAUACGGGCUUGUGUAUGGGUUCUGAUUAUCGAAUAGCCUUACUCUGCAAUGCAUAUUCCACCAAUCAGGAGUACUUCAGUCGUCCAAUGGCUGCACUUGUGGAUACAAUACUGGGAACACAGAAGGGUCCACAGCAGCCACCGCUACCACCAUUAGCUAAUAAUGCGGCACUGGCCAGUGGUCCCACAACACCCCUGUCGAUGUCCAUUUUGGAUUCUUUGACAGUGCAUUCCAAGAUGAGUCUGAUCCACAGUAUUGUAACUCAUGUGAUUAAGUUAGCUCAAUCAAAGUCUAACAUGGCUUUGGCACCUGCUCUUGUUGAGACCUACAGCAGGUUGCUGGUGUACACAGAGAUAGAAUCCCUGGGCAUCAAAGGAUUCAUCAGCCAACUGUUGCCUACAGUGUUCAAAUCUCAUGCAUGGGGCAUAUUGUACACCUUGCUCGAGAUGUUUAGCUAUCGGAUGCAUCACAUUCAACCUCAUUAUCGAGUCCAACUUUUAUCCCAUCUUCACAGUCUUGCUGCUGUCCCCCAGACAAAUCAGACGCAGUUACAUCUUUGUGUUGAGAGUACAGCCCUGCGCCUUAUAACAGGCUUGGGGAGUGCUGAAGUUCAGCCGCAGUUGUCACGGUUUCUCAGUGAGCCCAAAACGUUGGUGUCUGCAGAGUCAGAAGAGCUAAACCGAGCCCUUGUUCUCACAUUGGCUCGUUCUAUGCAUGUAACUGGAACAGAAAGCAGUUGAAGAGGAAUACCGAAACUGGGCAUCUAUGAACAAUGAGAAUGAUAUCAUUGCUCAUUUUUCUGUACCAGGAACACCACCACUCUUCUUAUGCCUGCUCUGGAAGAUGAUUCUGGAGACUGACAGAAUCAGUCCCAUAGCUUACAAGAUAUUGGAACGCAUUGGUGCUAGAGCUCUGUCAGCACAUCUGCGCAAGUUCUGUGAUUAUUUGGUGUUUGAAUUUGCUAACUCUGGAGGAGGACAACAUGUGAACAAGUGUGUGGAUGCCAUCAAUGACAUGAUAUGGAAAUACAACAUUGUGACAAUUGACAGACUAGUUCUGUGUUUGGCCUUGCGAACUCAAGAAGGCAGUGAAGCUCAAGUGUGCUUUUUUAUCAUCCAACUGCUACUACUUAAGGCAGCUGAGUUGCGCAACCGUGUACAAGAAUUCGUUAAAGAAAAUUCACCAGAGCACUGGAAACAAUCAAAUUGGCAUGAAAAGCAUCUUGCUUUUCAUCGUAAGUAUCCUGAGAAGUUUGCUCCAGAGGGAAUCUUGGAACAGUCUGGAGGCCCCUCAUCACCAUAUCAUUCGUUGCCAGUGUACUUUGGAAAUGUAUGCCUCAGAUUCUUGCCAGUAUUUGAUAUUGUCAUUCAUCGCUAUCUUGAACUUCCUCCAGUCACCAAAUCUUUGGAGACAUUGCUGGAACAUCUUGGGUGCUUGUAUAAAUUUCAUGAUCGCCCUGUAACAUACCUCUAUAAUACACUCCACUACUAUGAACGGAAGUUGCGGGACCGUCCACCACUGAAACGCCGUCUGGUAGCAGCAGUUUUGGGUUCUUUACGUGACAUCAGAGCCCCAGGAUGGAGUCUUUCAGAGCCCUACCAGACUUAUAUGCAGCGACAAACAGAUGAGACAAACUGGAUCCCUGAAUUGGACUAUUACGUUAGACUUGUUCGGCGAAUAGUUGAAAUAGCUGUAUCAGGGAAGCCACACUUUCCAGCCACAGAUUGGAGAUUCAAUGAGUUCCCCAACCCUGCAGCCCAUGCAUUGUAUGUCACAUGUGUAGAGCUCAUGGCUGUACCAGUCACUCCAGCCCUUGUAGGCACAAACUUGCUAGAUGUUGUUGCCAAAGGGUAUACUGUGAUACCCUCAAACCAAAUUCAUAUGUGGAUCAAUUCAGUGGGACUUAUAAUGGCUGCCUUACCUGAUUCAUAUUGGUCAGUUCUACAUGAUCGUCUAGUGGAGGUAAUAACUUCCCCACAGCUGACUCAGUGGAAGUAUCGUAACACUCCAUUCCAGUUAUUCAAUUUUGCUGCCACACAUGAUUCUCUCCUUGAAAAUAAGUUCUCAUAUAUGCUAGCCCUGGCACAUUCCAUGUGGCACCAUGCAGGAGUUGGUCAGAUCAGCACGGUUCCUCAGUUUGUGAGGGAGAAGGUCCAUCCAGUGGUAAGGACUGAAGAGCAGUUUCUAUUUCUCUGCCACUUGGUAGGCCCAUUCUUACAGCGCUUUAAUACAGAUCGGCCAAGAUGCGUGACAGAUUUGACAGUGGAGCUGUAUGAACUUCUAGAGCAGGUGGAUAAGAAUGUGACACACAUGCACUACAUGGAUCCCAUCUGUGAUCUCCUUUAUCACAUUAAGUACAUGUUUGUGGGUGACUUGAUGAAGAAUGAGGUAGAAUGCAUAAUCCGUAGACUACGUCCAGCCCUCCAAAUGCGUCUGAGAUUCAUUGCACAUCUGAACAUUGAAGAAAUCAAUGCUACAUGAGACAAGAGAACAAUGAACAUUGGUGCUCACAAAAAUGAAGUGAACCAGUUGUGUGCUUUUUCGUGGUACUCUUAUCAGUUAUUAAAGAGUUGUUCUUGUUAGUGUUCUACAAUUAUUUAUGGUGCAUAAUGUGCUGCAUGGCUUGAAAAUUAUGGUUACACACCCACCUGCCUCAGGUUAUUUAUAUUAAUGGACUUCAUUUCAUGUUGCAUUUGAGGUUCUCACAGCAGUGACUGUGAAGAGUACAUCUUC